UUGAGAGCAUAUUAAAAUAAAAUUAGCCUCACCUUCAGUGGACGUUUCCUCUGAAGCUGAAAAUCUGGGCAUUCAGAGGGUUAAGUUUCUGGACUUUAUUCCUGCAUCUCGAAUGUGAUUUUCUUGUUAUGCGGUAAAGAUGCCCGGAUCGCUAAGCAAUGAAGAUGAGGGGCAAGACGAUAUGGAUUUUGAGGACGACGUGCCAGAUGAGGAUGAGGAAGGUGAACGUCAGAGGAGUGUCCCCCUGUCACCCUUAGAGAGAUUUUUCUCUGAGGAUGAUUCGGUUAAACAGCAUAAGAAGAAGAAACCCAGCAAGAUAAUGGAGGGAAAGGAGCCCAAAGUUAAGAAAAAGAAGAAAAAGGAGGGGCUUCCUAGUGGGCUAGAUGACAUGUCAGACAGAGAGGAUCAUGGUCACAGGUCAGGGAGUGAGAGCAGCACCUACAGCACCCUGAAGAAGAAAAAGAAGAAGCCCAAGGAGAAGAAGGAGAGGAAAACUAAACAGCGAAAGAAAGACGAUGAUGAGGACGACGAUGAUGACGAUGAUGGAAACAUGAAGGAACCAAAGUCAUCCAGUCAGCUGAUGCAAGAGUGGGGUCUCGAAGAUGUGCAGUAUGCCUUCUCAGAGGACGACUAUAAAACCAUCACCAACUACAAAGCCUUCAGCCAGUUUCUUAGGCCCCUCAUUGCCAAAAAGAACCCCAAGAUCCCCAUGUCAAAAAUGAUGACGGUGCUCGGAGCGAAAUGGAGAGAGUUCAGCGCGAACAACCCUUUCAAAGGCACCUCUGCAACUGCUGUAGCGGCUGCGGUGGCUGCUGCCGUGGAAACUGUCAAUGUGGCUCCGCCCAUCUGUAUUAGAAGUAUCCAACAGAUCUCACCAUCUGGGCCAAUCAAAAAAGCCAAAACCAAAGAGGGAAAGGGGCCUGGCGCUAAGAAAAAAAGUAAGCCAGUGAAAGAAACAAAAAAGAAAGGGAAACCGAAGAAGUCCAAAUCGAAAGCAGGCCAGGGUGGAAAAAGGAAAAAAGGCUCUUCGAGUGAGGAGGAUUUCCUGGAUGACUUUUCAGACUUUGAUGACAUCAGCAUUCACAGUGCCUCUGUACGCUCAGAUACUUCAGCGGCACCCAAGAAGUCGACCCGCCGAGGACGGAAAAAAAGAAAAAGUUUCUCUUUGAACUCUAUUGUUAAAGUAGGAGAGGAUGGAGACGGCUACGAGACAGACCAUCAAGACUACUGUGAGGUUUGUCAGCAGGGAGGAGAGAUCAUUCUAUGUGACACCUGUCCCAGAGCAUAUCACCUGGUGUGUCUGGAUCCAGAACUGGAGAAAGCCCCUGAGGGCAAAUGGAGCUGCCCCCACUGUGAAAAAGAAGGUAUUCAGUGGGAGGCCAAAGAUGAUGAAGAGGACGAAGAUGAGGUUGCUGGUGAGGAGGAAGAUGACCACAUGGAGUUCUGCAGAGUGUGUAAGGAUGGAGGAGAGCUGCUGUGCUGUGACACCUGCCCUUCCUCCUACCACAUCCACUGUCUCAACCCACCGCUUCCUGAAAUUCCCAAUGGAGAAUGGCUGUGUCCACGAUGCAUGUGUCCACCACUAAAAGGGAAAGUCCAGAAGAUUCUGCACUGGGUGUGGGGCGAUCCUCCUCUACCACCUGAGGUUCCUCUUGGGGAAGAUGGAGAGAAGGUGGACGGUUUGGCCAAAAUGCAGAUGAAGGGUCGUCCAGAGAGGCAAUUGUUUGUGAAAUGGGCUGGGCUGUCCUACUGGCACUGCUCCUGGGUCAGCGAACUACAGUUGGAGCUAUAUCACACGGUAAUGUACCGUAACUACCAGCGUAAGAACGACAUGGAUGAACCGCCACCGUAUGACUAUGGCUCCGGGGAGGAGGAGCUUAACAGUGAGAAGAGGAGGAGCAAAGACCCUCAGUAUGCAGCCAUGGAGGAACGAUUUUACCGUUACGGCAUAAAGCCGGAGUGGAUGAUCAUUCAUCGGAUCCUCAACCACAGUUUUGAUAAGGAUGGAGAUGUACACUACCUGAUUAAGUGGAGAGAUCUGCCAUACGAUCAGUGCACCUGGGAGGCUGAUGACUUCCACAUCCCAGAUUAUGACAGCUUUAAACAAGCCUACUGGGACCACAGGAAUAUGGUGCUCGGUGAAAGCCAUCACCCCCUGCUGUUCAGAAAGGGAAAGAGACUCAAAGAGGAAGUAAAGAGGAGAGAACCUCCACCAGACACUCCGGUUGUGGAUCCCACCAUCAAGUUUGAACAGCAGCAAUGGUACAUUGAUGACACAGGGGGAACUUUGCACCCAUACCAGCUGGAAGGCCUGAACUGGUUGCGAUUCUCUUGGGCCCAAGGAACCGACACAAUCUUGGCUGAUGAAAUGGGGCUUGGCAAGACUGUGCAGACUAUAGUAUUCCUGUACUCACUUUACAAAGAGGGUCACUCCAAAGGGCCAUUUCUGGUCAGUGCGCCACUCUCCACCAUCAUCAAUUGGGAGAGAGAGUUUGAGAUGUGGGCUCCAGAUUUCUAUGUUGUGACUUAUACAGGGGACAAAGAAAGCAGGGCUGUCAUACGCGAGAAUGAAUUUACCUUCGAGGAAGUCAAAUUGGGUCGCAAGGUUUUCCGCAUGAAGAAGGACACACCGAUAAAGUUUCAUGUUCUGCUGACGUCAUAUGAACUGAUCACCAUUGAUCAGGCAAUACUUGGCUCCGUUACCUGGGCCUGUUUGGUUGUGGAUGAAGCCCACCGACUGAAGAAUAACCAGUCAAAGGAAGCUCCGGUCUUACCCAAUGGUUCUUAUGAUGGCAACCUCCUGGUGAAAUCCUCAGGAAAACUCACCCUGCUUCAGAAGAUGCUCAAAAAACUGAAAGAUGAAGGGCACAGGGUUCUCAUCUUCUCUCAGAUGACAAAGAUGCUAGAUCUGCUAGAGGACUUCCUGGAGUUUGAAGGAUAUAAAUACGAGCGUAUUGAUGGGGGCAUCACAGGGGGACUGCGACAGGAGGCCAUUGAUCGCUUUAACGGUAGGAUUCCGGCAGUGAAACAGUUCUGUUUUCUGCUGUCCACACGUGCUGGAGGAUUGGGUAUCAAUCUGGCAACCGCAGACACUGUGAUCAUAUAUGACUCUGACUGGAACCCACACAAUGAUAUUCAGGCAUUCAGCCGGGCACAUCGUAUCGGGCAAAAUAAAAAGGUGAUGAUCUAUCGCUUUGUAACUCGGGCAUCCGUAGAGGAGCGUAUUACCCAGGUGGCCAAGCGAAAGAUGAUGCUGACCCACCUGGUGGUGCGCCCUGGCUUGGGCUCUAAGACGGGCUCCAUGUCCAAACAGGAACUUGACGACAUCCUCAAGUUUGGCACUGAGGAGCUGUUUAAAGACGAUGUGGAAGCCGCCAGAACAAUGGGAGAUAAUAAAGAAGGAGAGGAGGGCAGUGUGAUCCACUAUGAUGAUAACGCCAUUUCCAAACUGCUGGACCGUAGCCGGGAUGCCACCGAAGACACAGAGAUCCAGAACAUGAACGAGUACCUGAGCUCAUUUAAGGUGGCUCAGUAUGUGGUGAGAGAGGAGGAUGGAGAGGAGGAGGUCCAGAGGGAGAUUAUUAAGCAGGAAGAGAAUGUUGAUCCAGACUACUGGGAGAAGCUCUUGAGGCACCAUUACGAGCAGCAGCAGGAGGAUCUGGCCCGGAACCUGGGCAAAGGGAAACGUAUCCGCAAACAGGUCAACUAUAAUGAUGCCUCUCAGGAGGACCAAGAGUGGCAGGAUGAUCUUUCAGAUAAUCAGUCUGAGUACUCUGUUGGGUCCGAGGAUGAGGAUGAAGAUUUUGAGGAACGUCCUGAAGGAGGACGCAGACAAUCUCGAAGACAGUUGAAGAGCGAGCGGGACAAACCAUUGCCGCCGUUGCUGGCUAGAGUUAGUGGUAAUAUAGAGGUUUUGGGAUUUAACGCCCGGCAGCGGAAAGCCUUCCUGAAUGCGAUUAUGCGCUGGGGUAUGCCCCCACAAGAUGCUUUCAACUCUCACUGGCUGGUCCGUGACCUGCGAGGGAAAAGUGAGAAGGAGUUCAGGGCUUAUGUAUCUCUGUUCAUGAGGCACCUGUGUGAGCCAGGGGCAGAUGGAGCAGAAACAUUUGCAGAUGGGGUCCCGAGGGAAGGCCUGUCCCGCCAACAUGUUCUCACCCGGAUUGGUGUCAUGUCUCUGGUCCGCAAGAAGGUUCAGGAGUUUGAGCAUGUGAAUGGGAAGUUUAGUACACCAGAUUUGAUUCCUGUAGGAUUGGAGCUGAAAAAACUUACUGAAAGUGUGUCGUCGGACCCCAACACACCUGUUCCUGCCAGUCCGGUUCCGACUCAACCCAGCACACCUGUUCCUUUAGAAAAGACAGAGUCAGUGUCUUGUUCUCAAGAAGACAAGGACAUUACAGAACCAGAGAGCACCAAAUCGCUGGACCCUGAGCAGCCAGUUAUGCCAGAACCCUCCCCUGCCCCAGAGAAAGCUAAUGAUGAAGAAGAACCAAAAAGCGGAAGUCCUGAAGGAAAAGGAAUGGAAGAGAGCGAGAAGAAUGAUACCCCUUCUGUCCAUUCAGAGCCAUCGUCCAAUCAAGCACAGCCACCCACAAAACCUAGUGAGCAGACAGCCAAUCAGACACCAUUAGACUGUGGUAAAGGGAAAGAAACUUCUCCGGAGAGAGGGGAAAAUAAAGCCAGCCCAGCAAAAAUAGAUGAUAAGGAGCAAAAACCAGUUUCUGCAGCCAUUCCUGAUGAUUUAAAAUCUGAAGACCCCCAUGAGAACCAAUUGAAUGGAGAGAAAGACGCGAGGGAUGACACGGACGAGAGCCACAGAGAUGACAAGAACAGCAUCAAGACCCGGUUCAUGUUUAACAUCGCAGAUGGUGGAUUCACUGAAUUACACACGCUGUGGCAAAACGAGGAACGUGCAGCUGUAUCAUCUGGCAAAAUGUACGACAUCUGGCACCGUCGCCAUGACUACUGGCUGCUGGCUGGCAUUGUAACACAUGGCUAUGCACGGUGGCAGGACAUUCAGAAUGACCCACGGUAUGCCAUCCUCAAUGAGCCUUUCAAGACUGAAAUGCACAAAGGGAACUACUUAGAAAUGAAAAAUAAAUUUCUCGCCAGACGUUUUAAGCUCCUGGAACAGGCUUUGGUAAUUGAGGAGCAGCUACGGCGCGCUGCAUACCUGAAUAUGACUCAGGAUCCCAGUCACCCCGCCAUGGCCCUCAACACACGUUUUGCAGAGGUGGAGUGCCUGGCUGAGUCCCACCAGCACCUCUCCAAAGAGUCCCUUGCUGGUAACAAGCCAGCCAAUGCUGUGCUGCACAAAGUGUUGAAUCAACUGGAGGAGCUGUUAAGUGAUAUGAAGGCUGACGUGACACGGUUGCCCUCCAUGCUUUCGAGGGUCCCACCCAUCUCUGCCCGGCUCCAGAUGUCAGAGCGGGGCAUCCUCAGCAGGCUGACCAGCUGGGGCAACGAGCCGCCACCUCAGCAGCCUUUCCCUCAGGGCUCUUUCGGCUGUUCUCAGAUGUAUAAUAGCAGUUUCGCCAGAGGGUUCCGUGGACCUGGAGGCACUGCGAUGGUGAACUACAGCCAGAUGCCCCUGGGGCCGUACGUCAGUGUGUCCUCAAACGGACCGCCGGCCCCAACCAGCCACCUGGAGAAGAAGUCCAGCGAUGCUCUGCGAGAUGUGGCCACCCCUGAUCUGAAAUCAGGCAAACCUAGCGAUGUUAUAUGCAUUGAGGACUAGCCCGCAGCUGUUCCGUCCUCUUUCUAUACAAUACCUACAGACAAAA